AUGGACGGCCGAGGAACAAACGACGUCGUUGGAGGCUCCGGGACACCUAGGAGGGUCCACUCCGAUGAUCAUUUGGCUGUUGAAGUUCCUGACACAGCCCAUCAAAUCAGCACCGAUUCAUGGUUUCAAGUGGGAUUUAUUCUGACCACCGGAAUCAACAGUGCUUAUGUGCUGGGAUACUCUGGUACUGUCAUGGUACCAUUGGGUUGGAUAGGAGGCGUUGUUGGUUUAAUUUUAGCAACAGCCAUAUCUUUAUACGCAAAUACUCUCGUGGCCAAGCUUCAUGAAUUUGGAGGAAAGAGGCAUAUCAGAUACAGAGAUCUUGCAGGAUUUAUAUAUGGUCGCAAAGCUUAUUCUCUUACAUGGGGACUGCAAUAUGCGAAUCUCUUCAUGAUAAAUGUUGGAUACAUCAUUUUAGCUGGUCAGGCUCUUAAGGCCAUUUAUGUUCUCUUCAGAGAUGAUAAUCAAAUGAAGCUCCCAUACUUUAUUGCAAUAGCUGGAGUUGCAUGUGGCCUUUUUGCCAUAGCAAUACCCCAUUUGUCAGCACUGGGGAUUUGGCUUGGAUUUUCAACAUUCUUCAGUCUAGUGUAUAUUGUUGUAGGAUUUGCUCUAGCUCUUAAAGAUGGGAUUGAAGCUCCUCCCAGAGACUAUGACAUUCCAGGAUCAACAAUUGGCAAGAUUUUUACAACCAUAGGUGCAUCUGCAAACCUUGUUUUUGCAUUCAAUACUGGAAUGCUCCCGGAGAUACAGGCCACAGUGAGGGAACCUGUAGUUAAGAACAUGUUGAAAGCUCUUUACUUUCAGUUCACAUUGGGAGUUCUGCCACUGUAUGCUAUUACCUUCAUGGGAUAUUGGGCUUAUGGAGUCAACACAUCAACCUAUUUGCUGAACAGCGUCAACGGUCCUGUCUGGGUGAAAGCUUUCGCUAAUGUUUCAGCUUUCCUGCAGACAAUUAUUGCUUUGCAUAUAUUUGCUAGCCCGAUGUACGAGUAUUUGGACACCAAGUAUGGAAUCAAAGGAAAUGCUUUGGCUCUCCGCAACUUGUCAUUCCGAAUUGUCGUGAGGGGCGGUUACCUUGCCAUCACAACAUUUGUCGCUGCUUUGCUGCCUUUUCUGGGAGAUUUCAUGAGCCUUACUGGUGCUAUCAGCACAUUCCCACUUACAUUCAUACUUGCGAACCACAUGUACCUUGUUGCUAAGAGAAACAAAUUGACUUCCAUACAGAAGAGUUGGCAUUGGCUUAAUGUCUGUUUCUUUGGUUGCAUGUCUAUAGCGGCAGCAGUUGCUGCAUUGAGGCUCAUUGCUGUAGAUUCAAAAACUUAUGAUGUUUUUGCUGAUUUAUAA